GGGACCCCCGCCCCGCGGAGUCCCCGCCGAGCCCCGGUCCCAUCCGGGAGACCCCUGGAGGGCAGGAUGAGCCCCGCCCCGGCAGAAACUCCAGGGACAUAGAGAGACCCCUGCCCAAGACCGAGACCCCCGGCCCUUUACUCACCUCCGCACCCCGCAGGAGGCUGUCGUCAGAGCGGCCCUAGGCUCCUAACCAUCGUUCUGGCCUGAGACCACCCCCCACUCCCGCCAGGCCGGGUUCCGCCCCCUUCCAGGUUCCCCACCCACCUCAAACCCUCCUUGGCCGGGAUUCACCGAGACCCUCUCCCCUCUUGGAAGGAGCCAUGGACUUGCUGCGGGAACUGAAGGUCAUGCCUGUCACACUGCAUCUGCUGCAGUCCACACGAAUCGGGAUGUCCGUCAACGCCCUCCGAAAGCAGAGCUCGGAUGAGGAGGUCAUUGCACUUUCCAAGUCUCUCAUCAAGUCCUGGAAGAAGCUCCUGGACACUUCAGACUCGAAAGCCGGGGAGCGGAGGAACACGUCCCUGGCCUCACCGCCCGCAAAGGCCACCUCCGAGGCAAAGGCCCCCAGCUGCAAGAGGCCAGAGCCGCCCCGGACACUGCCAACGCCCCGGAUGACCACAUUCCCCCCGACGCCCAUCAGCUGCGAUGCUGUACGCAACAAGUGCCGGCAGAUGCUGGCCGAGGCCCUGCAGACUGAUCAGGACCACGUGGCCAUCGGUGCCGACUGCCAGCACCUAUCAGCCCAAAUUGAGGAGUUCAUCUUCCGGGACGUGGGCAGCACAGACAUCAAGUACAAGAACCGCGUGCGCAGCCGCAUCUCCAACCUGAAGGACGCUAAGAACCCCGGACUGCGGCGGAGCGUGCUGCGAGGCACCAUCGAGCCCCAGCGCAUUGCAGAGAUGACCUCUGAGGAGAUGGCCAGCGAUGAACUGAAGGAGAUCCGGAAGGCUAUGACCAGAGAGGCCAUCCGUGAGCACCAGAUGGCUCGCAUGGGGGGCACCCACACUGACCUCUUCACCUGCAACAGGUGCAGAAGGAAGAACUGCACCUACACUCAGGUGCAAACCCGCAGCUCUGAUGAGCCUAUGACCACCUUCGUUGUUUGCAAUGAGUGUGGAAACCGCUGGAAGUUCUGCUGAGCCCAAGUGCGGAUCUGCAGCCCUCCCGCCCAUCCACUCGGCUUCUCGGGAGACCCAGUGCUGCCCCCUUCCGGCCCCAAGCCGCCUGCCUGCCCGCCUGCCCUUACCCUGCCCGAGAACACGUCCCCUCUGGCUCCGAUUAUUAAAUGUUUCUUUUUGCCCA